AUGAAGGCUCUCCCGGCUGCAGUUCUGUGCCUGUGCACCCUGGCAGCCUUCUCUGACUGUGUCACCGUCCAGGUGGGAAAGUUCUCAUUCCCCCUGGAGUCUGUGAAGAAGCUGAAAGACUUCAUGGACAAUCCUCUUCAGCUCAGUGUCAGAUCCGCCCCUCUGUGUGCCAACUCUGACAUUCCCAAGGAGUUCCUGGACCUCUGUGCCACACCAGACGCUGACCAGAUAUUUGAGGAGCUAAAACCCAUCGCGAGAUCCCCCGAGCUUUGUGAGAUUUGUGCUUUUGCUGCAUGUGCCGGCUGUUGA